AGAAGCAGUCUGCAGAGCGGUUAGCCAAAUAGGACUGACUAUUAAAGGACCAACAGAGGAGGAGAGGCCCCGCCCCCCCCGCCCCGUCAGUUCAUCAUGGCGGACAUCAAGAACUUCCUGUACGCCUGGUGUGGGAAAAAGAAGAUGACUCCCAGUUACGACAUCCGAGCCGCGGGGAACAAAAACAGGCAGAAGUUUUUGUGUGAGGUCCGUGUCGAGGGCUUCAACUACAUCGGGAUGGGAAACUCCACCAACAAGAAGGAUGCUCAGUCCAACGCUGCCCGGGACUUUGUCAACUACCUGGUCCGGAUCGGGGAGAUGGGUGCAGCUGAGGUCCCCGCUUUAGGG